AUGAACUCAACAACUGGACAAGGACAAACAUCAUGCAGAAACUGCGGGGAUGACUCCUCAUAUCAGCUUAUCGCAGUCAUUGGGAUGGCUAUGCGAUUGCCGGGGGGUGUUGGAGAUGGCGAUGAGUUUUGGAAGAUGUUGGUGGAUAAGCGCGAUGGUCUCUGUGAGACGCCUCCCUCGCGCUGCUCGAAGGAGGCGUCAAUGAAUCCCGACCGAGGGACCCCGAGGGAUGUGACAAAGGGAUUCUUUCUGCAAGAAGAUCCCUCUUUGUUUGAUGCAUCCUUUUUUUCUAUUCCUCCCCAGGAAGCAGCCAGGCUAGACCCCCAGCAGAGACUUUUGAUGGAAGUUGUCCGAGAAUGCCUGGAAAACUCCGGGGAGACAAAGUGGCGUGAUGAGAAAAUUGGCUGCUUUAUUGGUGUUUUUGGAGAGGAUUGGCUGGAGAUGUCUCAUAAAGACCUUCAGGAUGUGGGACAAAUAUACCCAAUUGCAACAGGUGGUUUUGCCCUUGCAAACCAAGUGUCGUAUCGAUUUGGGUUGCAGGGUCCAAGUAUGACAAUUCAGACUGCGUGCUCUUCGUCUCUGGUCAGCUUGCAUGAAGCCUGCCUGGCACUCCUUUCCAAGGAAUGCUCGACGGCGCUCGUGGGUGGGACGAGUUUGAUCUGGAGCCCAACAAUGACAGACUCCCUCAAUCAAAGCUUGGUUCUUUCACCAAGUGGAAUCUCCCAAACAUUUGAUGCUAACGCAGAUGGAUAUGGCCGGGGUGAAGCAAUCAACUGCAUCUAUCUCAAACCGUUGAACGAUGCCCUCCGUGACAAUGACCCGAUACGCGCUGUCAUUCGCUCGACGGUAUCCAACCAUGACGGCAAGACCCCUAAUUUUACCAAUCCAUGUCCCUCGUCCCAAGAGAACCUGAUCCGACGCGCAUAUGAGGUUGCUGGAAUCCAUAGCAUCGACGACACCCCGGUCUUCGAAUGUCAUGGGACCGGGACAGCAAUCGGCGACGUGAUCGAAGCAUCAGUUGUUGCAAAGUUGACUCAAGAGAAGGAUACAUAUAUCACAGCCGUGAAACCAAACGUCGGUCAUUCAGAGGGAGCAUCCGGAAUCACUAGCAUCAUCAAGGCCGUUCUAUCCCUCGAACACAAAACAAUCCCACCAAAUAUUCACUUUCAAACGCCAAAUCCGAAAAUCCCGUUCUCUGAAGCAAAGCUGCACGUACCCGUCGAGCCAACCCCUUGGCCCAACCACCGACCGCAUAGAAUCAGCGUCAACUCCUUUGGGAUCGGUGGCUCAAAUGCCCAUGUGAUUUUAGAGUCUUCUUCAACAAUCAUAUCGAAGCCUAUACCGGUCUCUUUAGACUGCCGCAAUGAUCCACAACUUCUAGUCGUGUCUGCGCACACUGCCGACACCCUUCGUAAACGGAUCAGUCAGAUUACCACGUAUAUCAACAAUCACCCAAAUUGUUUGCCUGACCUUGCUCACACCCUAGGAUGUCGAAGAGAACAUCUCCAACAAAGGGCCUUUGCUGUGUCGCGACCGAACAAUCUACCCCUGGAGGAGACCGCAUUCACGGGUUCCAUUACAAUUUCCCCAAACGUCAUAUUUGUGUUCACAGGCCAGGGGGCCCAAUGGCCUGCGAUGGGAAAAACGCUUCUCGAAAGCUUCCCAAGGUUCAAGCAAGAUAUGAGAAGGAUGGAUGAGGCUUUACAACGGUUACCUGAUCACCCAAAUUGGCUAUUGUAUGAUGAACUCAGCAGAGAGAGCACAGACUCACGCAUCCAUGAGGCCGAAUACUCCCAGCCUUUAUGCGUUGCCCUUCAAAUUGGCAUAGUCAACAUUCUUACCAGCUGGGGUAUCCGUCCCUCGACAGUCGUUGGACACUCUAGCGGAGAAAUCGUUGCUGCGUAUGCCGCCGGGGCCAUUUCUAUGAGAACAGCAAUCAUGGUAGCAUACUACCGAGGAAAAGUGGCCAAGUCAUUGGAAGGAUUGGGUUCCAUGGUGGCGGUCGGGCUUUCUCCGGAAGAAGCACUCCCCUAUCUCACCCCUGGAGUGGUUGUCGCCUGCCACAACAGUCCACAUAGUAUCACACUCUCAGGUGACAAAGAGUCAGUAGACAAUAUUGUCACAAAAAUCAAAGCUGCCAGUUCGGAAACUCUUUGCCGACGACUGCCUGUUCGGAUUGCUUAUCAUUCAGACCACAUGAAACAUAUUGGAUUGGAGUAUCAGCGCUGCAUUGCUCGUGAGAUUGAGCACGAGGAGGCCAUGCUUCCCUUUUGCUCUACUGUUACCGGUGAAACGAUCACGGACUGUCAUAAACUCGACCCGUCAUACUGGCGACAGAAUCUGGAGUCACCCGUUCUAUUCACUGAGGCUAUUCAAAGCCUCCCGGCUGGUGGAACCCCAGUGUUUAUAGAAAUUGGGCCACACUCAGCACUAGCCGCUCCCCUUCGACAAAUAUUUCGAACCUUGGCGGGGAAACCUCCAGUAUAUAUUCCUACCAUAUUUCGGUACGACGAGGAUGUCAAAAGCCAGCUACUUAGGACAGCUGGCCAAGCGCAUGCUAGCGGGAUUACUCUCGACCUCAAUGCCGUUAUUGGAAGAGGGAAGGUCUUAACCGACAUUCCUCCUUAUCCCUGGCAGCAUAACCGAUCUUAUUGGAACGAAAGUCGACUAAGUCGGGAUUGGAGGCAACGCAAAUAUCCACACCAUGAGAUUCUUGGUUCUCGGGUUGUUGACACAACAGAUGAUGAUCCAUCGUGGCGCAACCUUGUCACCUUGGAUGAUGUUUCAUGGCUUCUAGAUCAUGUCAUACAAGGCACCGUCACCUUCCCCGGUGCCGGGUUUGUUUCCAUGGCAGGCGAAGCUAUUCAACAGCUGGACAUGAGUAGUGACGGCUACUCGAUACGCAACACGACAUUUAUCACUCCUCUUCUGUUUCACGAAGGAGAUCGCAUCGAGAUCAUCACUAGCCUCAGCCCGAUUGAAGUAGCCGAUAGGGUCGUGUCGGGGUGGCAUAGAUUCAAGAUCAUGACCCAUGAUGGAGAUGGAUGGACGAUGCACUGCGAGGGCCAGGUCAGACCGGGUACUGAAGAUCCUCCACAAUGCUCACCAAUCUGCUCUUAUUCAAGAGUGGUUCCAUCCGAAGGGGUCUAUCGAGCUCUCAAAAGGAGUGGCAUAGAAUACGGACCUCAAUUCCAGGGCCUUGAGAAUAUUACCGCAGACCCCACGGGCUCCAGAGCAACUGCUACCGUCCUUGGUAAUUGCGGUCUUCCGGGAAGCAGUUACUCUUUGCAUCCCACUGCCAUUGAUCAGUGUCUUCAAUUAAUGGGAGUGGCUGGUUCUCGAGGCCUUUUGAGGAACUUGAGCUCAAUAUAUGUGCCGGCAGUCAUAGACUACAUGUUCGUCGCACCAGGGGGUCCCAGCCUGCUAACGACUGCGCAAACCCAAUUUGGUGUGCGAGAUGGUCAAGUUGGGAGCGCAACCGCAAUGGUUGAUGAUCACAUCGUUCUCAGUAUUGAGAAUGCUUAUCUGUUUGCCCUCGAAAAUGAGCAUAGUGAUUAUGGGACUGGACCCUCCAAUCUAGUAAGCCAUCUUGAAUGGCAACCCGAUAUUGAUUUGAUGUUGUCUUCUACGCUGCUGUCUACGCCCCAUGACAAUACACAAAAUGCGAUAAAUAUUAAAGCAUUGGGUCAACUGUCUGCACUAUACGUGCUAGAGACAGCCGACCAAAUUCGGAGUAUUGAUCCAGGAUCGGAGUACUUGGUCAAGUGGAAGAACUACCUACUCAUUGAGGCCUCAGAUAUCAAGACAGGGGCCCAAAGACCCAUAUACCCCAACUCGAGUGAUUGGGCGUAUCUGAAUUCAGCCAAAAGACAAUCUUUGAUCAGGGAUAUUAUGGCCCAAGCAAAAUUCACAUUCGAUGCUCCACUUGUGCAGUGCAUGCAGAUUUUGUAUGACUGUUCCAAAGAGCUCGUGUCUGGUGAUGUUGAUCCACUAGACGUUCUCAUGAAGGACAAUUUUCUGCACCACUUUCAUGCUGCGCAUACACAGUAUGCAAGCUGGGAACCUUUCUUGCCUCUACUGUCGCAUUCCAACCCCGCCUUGCGUGUCCUUGAGAUUGGCGCUGGAACAGGAUCAGCGACAGCGAUGGCUUUAGAGCAUCUUAAAUCAAAGGACGGGGUUCGUAUGUAUGGAGAGUAUGUUUUUACUGAUAUUUCCUCUGGAUUCAUGGCCACGGCGAAGGAAAGAUUUGCCGAUGAGCAGCGCAUAGAGUAUAAAGUUCUUGAUAUUACUUUAGACCCGACGGAGCAAGGCUUCGACGCCCACAACUUUGACUUGGUUAUUGCCUCCAAUGUGUUACAUGCUACUCCAAGUCUCCAGGCAUCACUACGACAUGUACAUCGCCUUCUCAAACCCACAGGCUGGCUCUUGCUGCAUGAAAUCUGUCCCGAAAUCUCGAUCGCAGAUCUGACUAUGGGUGUCUUUUCUGGCUGGUGGCUAGGUGAAGACGAUGAUAGAACUUACAAACCUUACGUUUCCCCGACGAGGUGGCAUCGAGAGUUACAAACUGCAGGAUUCAAUGGCGCGGAAGUUAUGGCCUACGACUCGAAGCCGCCAUAUCACAUCUCGGCCAGCUAUUUAUCGCGCCCAUUGGACUCUGUAUUCAUUCAACCCAAGAUCUGUUUGCUCACAAGAACUCCCAACCACCCUCAAUGGGUAAGAGCUAUCGAACUCGCUUUUGAAGACAAGGGCUACUCAACCUCCUGGACUACUUUGGAUCAGGAGCCACCAAAAGGCCAAUUUAUAAUAUCUUUACUGGACUCGGAAUCUAGCCCCAUACUAGGUCUGUCAGAAGAAUCCUACCUGGCGGUUCAACAUUAUGUCGAACAGGCGGAAGAGUGCAAGAUUCUCUGGCUUACCGAGUCAACUUCUCAUACCUGUUCAGACCCGGGGCAUGGGUUGAUUCAUGGAUUUGCGCGUACCCUACGGACUGAGUUGCUUCUUGACAUAUCAGUUCUGGAGUUCCCCUCAUGGGAAUUGAACUCUGCUAAAGCAGUGAUUCAGGUCUGCGAGAAAAUUAUAAAAUCAAGAGCGCAAUCUCUGCCAGACCCGGAGUAUGAGUUUGCAUUCCAUGAAGGAAAUAUCAAAGUCGGCCGGUAUCACUGGGCCCCGCUAACGGAGCAGCUCAAAUCUUCGCCUUUACCUGAUACAGCUCGAAAGCUCAAUCUCACGGCAUUUGGAUUACUCGAUACACUUCAAUGGGCCCCCAAGGAGCCCUCCGAGCUAGGCCCUGGCCAGGUAGAAGUUGAGAUAGAAUAUGCGGGAUUAAAUUUCAAGGAUAUGAUGGUCGCCAUGGGUUUCUUUGGAGAUAAGAGGGAUCUUGGUCUUGAGGGCAGUGGAGUCAUUCUUCAGAUUGGAGCAGAUGUGAAACAGUUGAGUGUGGGUGAACGCGUUGUUCUGAUGCAUCCCGGCGCAUUAUGCUCUAGAAUGACGGUGCCCGAGGAGGCCUGCAUCAAGCUUCCUGAAAAACUUUCAAUGGCAGAUGCGGCCACAAUGUUGGCAGCAUAUGUCACCGUCUUGUACUCACUAUUGGAAGUGGGUUUGCUAAAACAUGGCCAGUCUGUUCUCAUCCACUCUGCAUGUGGGGGAGUUGGAAUUGCCGCCAUUCAAGUCUGUCAAGCUGUUGGCGCCCAGAUCUACGCCACUGUCGGAAACGAAGCAAAGGUGAACUACUUGAUGGAGACAUAUGGCCUAUCCCGAGACCGUAUCUUCAACUCUCGUAGCGCGUCUUUCAAAACAGACCUCAUGCGGGUGACUGCGGGCCGUGGCGUGGACAUUGUGCUCAAUUCGCUGUCUGGCAACCUUUUGCACGCGUCGUGGCAGUGUGUUGCCAAGUUUGGACGGAUGAUCGAGCUGGGAAAGCGUGACUUCAUCGGCCAUGGGGUUCUUGACAUGAGCGUAUUUGAGUCCAAUCGAACUUUUGUCGGUGUUGAUCUCGCACAGAUCGGAAAGGAAGCUCCUGAAAUUCUCAAGAGCAUGUUGGCAAUAUUCUCCGACUGGUAUCGUCGAGGCUGGAUUCAACCUAUUCACCCCAUCAAGGUAUUUGAAGCAGCGGAUAUUGUGAGUGCGUUUAGAUAUAUGCAAGGCGGCACCCAUUUGGGUAAGAUCGUUGUUCAUCUGCCUGCCAACUCCAACAGCUUGCCAUUGCCCAUUGUGAAGUCAUCCCCAUCCUUCCGAUCUGAUGCCGCGUAUCUGCUUGUUGGUGGACUUGGGGGCAUCGGACGGUCUGUUUCAACGUGGCUAGUUGAGCGUGGCGCGAAAGAGCUCAUAUUUUUGUCUCGAUCGGCUGGUAAGUCAAAUGAGGACCAAAAGUUUAUCCACGAGCUUGAAACGCAGGAUUGCCAUGUCAUCUGCGUGGUCGGGGACGUCACAAAUAGAGAGGAUGUAGAGGAAGCUAUUGGCAGACGUACUCGCCCUCUCGCCGGGAUGAUCCAAAUGGCAGUGGACCUCAAGGACCGCUUGUUUUUGCAGAUGAGUCAUAGCGAAUGGGCAGCUGCACUCGCCCCGAAACUCACCGGCAGCUGGAAUCUACAUCAUGCUACAAUGCAUCACCCUCUUGACUUCUUUGUUCUGUUUGGGUCUAUUGCGGGCGUGUGUGGUAAUGCCGGGCAGGCAAAUUAUGCUGCAGCGACUACAUUCCUGGAGGCUUUCUCGCGAUUCCGGCGACAACGAGGUCUCGCUUGCUCUGUCUUGAACCUUGGAGUGGUUGGAGAUGCGGGUGCGGCUAGUCGAAAUCCCCGCUUCCUCCAAAGAGUGCAGUCAAUUGCACUACAUGUGCUCAAUGAAGCAGAGGUGAUCGAUGGAUUAGCGGCAGCCAUCAGGAUAUCACCAACAGACUCUGCUAGUCCCACAGGGGCAGUAACAGUCGGACUUGCCCAUACGAAGCGUCGAUCUGAUCUUCCCAAAGAGAUGUUUCUUGGCGGUCGUGAUGCCCGAUUUUCAAUUUAUCCCAAUCUUGAAUCGACCAGUGGGGCGGUUGGUGGAGACCAAUCGAAACAAGUGAGCGCGCUCAAAGCUCUGCUAGGUGAGAUUCAACGUGAUCCAUCCCUCUUAGGGAAAAAGGAAACAGAGAUUACAUUGAUCAAGGAACUGGGUCGCUUUGUGAGCCAAAAUCUCUCAGGGCAGACGCAAGAGCAAACCCAGGAUGGUACCGAUGAUACCAAUUAUAUUGUUGCAAUGGCAGAAAUUGCCGUGGACUCCCUCAUGGCGAUAGAAGUUCGGAAUUGGCUGCGGAGGUCGCUGGGCGUAGAGCUGCCCACGGUGGAAAUCAACCGAGCGGGUAACUUGGGAGGGUUGGUGAAGGUCGUGAUGAAGGGCCUGAAAGAGAAGUAUGAUCAAAAAUCCAUCUCGGAAACUGCUGCUGGCCAGCAAGCAUCUGAGAAUUAA